AACGGAAAGGCGUAAUAUAAGUAUAUUAUAUACCUAAAAUACAUGUAAAAGCGCACCGCACGCAUAGCGGCGGAUACGCAGGGAGCAGGCUCGGGGAGAAGGGACAGGGGGAGGAGAGACAGGGAGGGAGAGGGGAGUGGGGCGCAUGAUAGCCCCCUUCUCAUCACGCUCGCGCGCGCGAGAGGGGGUGAUGCGGAAUGGGGGGUAGGCGGUGCCGGUCGUCCAUUGCGGUGGGUAGUGCGGGGUUACCCACCCCUGGUAGCGCGACCGUACGCACGAUGCAACCGCAUCGCAGUAGGGCUACGUGCUCCCGAGGUGGGAGCACGCAGUAUUCCUCCCCUCCCCUCCCCUCCUCUUCCCCUCCCUCCCUUCGUCCUUCCCGCCCUCACCCUCGCCCCUCCCCAGCCUCGCUCUGCGAAGGCAUGGGAUGUGGGCGCGAGGGUAGAGGGCGGGGAAGGACGAAGGGAAGGAGGGGAGGAGGAGGGGGAGGGGGAAGGGCGCGCGACGAUUUGAACUCGCGCGCGUUGCCACGCCGUUUCGCCAGGUGGCGUGGACGACGGGCAGCGCGUGGCGUUGCUUGCGCGCGAUGUACGAGACUACCGCACGCUAAGCGUACUGCUGUUAAGCAGUACGCCGCACACGCGAUAGCGUCGCGAAGGGGGCAGGGGGUUGGGGGGGAUGCGGGGUCGGCCGGUCCGUCUCCCUCAUCUCCGUGCGAGGGGCAGGGGGCGUCCGCGGUUGUCGGCAGUGGGGAGGAGGUAGAGGGAGGUGGUGCGGCGCCUUUGGGCGCGGGUGGGACCGGCGUACGGCGGGAAACAGCGCCGUUCGCCAUCGCGAGCGGCGCUGAAAUUUUUCGUUAGCAAGAUCACUUCGUUUUAAGACAUUAGAACGCACCUUUGGGGGGCUAAUACUAGCCCCCCGUCCCCUCCUCCUCGUUUGCGCGCGUUGCUGUGCAGCCGUUGGGCUUUGGCCGAUGGACGGCGGGGGUGUUCGUGGUGGUGUGAAGGAAAG